UUAACAUAUGUAUAUGAAAUCAUGCGCAGUUGGGUAUAUUUUGAUAACAUCACCUGACUACCUCAUAUACACCCAUCAGAACACUACCACACAAUUUGGCCGAAGGAACCUGUUUCACGGUAUAACGAUCAACAUAUAAAGUUGUCAUUGAAAAACCAUAACAUAUCACAAAGGAACCUUGACUUCUUCUCGAAGAACUAUUUUAUAGCACGAAAGAAUGCGAACAAACGACAGGGAGCCUGAACGUGGCAACAACACCAAUAACAACAAUCGAUACAAGCAAAAAACUGACAGCGCACGUCAGGGCACUAGCCCUGCAGCCAGUGUGUUGUGGGGUGCUCUGGGUGCAGCAGUUGUAUUGGCAGGGAGUGCGAUCUACUCAGCUGUAGCUGAAGAUCAGGAGAAUGAAACGCGGCGUAUGCAGUCCGCACAUCGAGUGCAAACGGACGAAAGAUGGAAUCGAUAUAAAUCACAAACGAACACAAGUAAUGGAAGCGAUCAAAGCAUGAGCAGCGAACAGAAAGCGGCGAGGGAUAAAGGCAUCGACGAUUAUACAGAGGAGAUCGAAAGUUUUUGUUGUCCAAUCACAACGAAUGUGAUGAGAGAUCCGGUCAAUACGCCUUUUGGACAUUCUUACGAAAGGGAAGCUAUAACAAGAUGGGUGCGAGAACAUCAUACAGACCCACUGACCGGACAGCCACUCAAUGUAAAUCAACUAAGCACCGCUCACUCACUGCGACACGCCAUUGAAGAAUACGAGGCGAGGAGACCUGUAUCAGCUACAGCUUCGAGUACCUAGCCCCGGAGGGCGCCAUCUCCGCAGUGAUAUCGGAAAGUAAAGUAAACAAUAUAGACAGAUCAAGCAUCGAAACACUGCUGUGACAAGUAGUCUACACUGCACAAGCAAGUAAAGAAACUAGUAAUGGCAUGUGGAGCUCACGUAUAAGCAAUGCGGUAUUGCAACUAGGGUUAAGCGGGAAAAUACAUGCGACUUGCAUUUGGCCGUCACGUUCUUUGUCAUCUUUAAAUAUCAUCGACGGGAAGAUAACGAUGUACUACUAAAGACAAACACGAUAGGUUAUCCACAUUUGGGAUUAAAGCAUGACGCUGUUUGAUGGCCGCUGU